GUUUGGUUCCGUUUCGGGCCGGGCUCGGGAUAACAGAGCGCAGUUAGAACGCGGCGGUGAGAGGAAAAAAAAUCAGCGGCGGAGCAAUGGCCGGGCAGGAGACGACACCGAGCUCAAAGGCAGCGGCGCCGCCGGCGACCAUCCGCCUCGUCAACUUCAUCUCCGAGGACCAGCUCGAUGAGGUGAAGCGGACGCGAGGGGAGCGGGUGGAGGACGGCACCGCGCAGCGGGACAAACCCCUCUUCCAGAUUCUUCAGGAGAACAAGGAGAAGAAGGAUGCGGAGUUCAACGAGCGCUUCAAACACAGACCUCCAAAAGCUUUGGAUGAGGAUGAGACAGAGUUUCUUGAAAAAUUGGCAUCGUCAAGGAGGGAAUAUGAACAGCAAGUGGCCAAUGAAGAAGCGGAACAACUCCGCAGUUUCCAUGAGGCUGUGGCUGCCCGAUCCAAUAUUGUUCAUGAACUUGAGACUCCUACAGUCUCUAGACCAGAGGAGAGCAGGCCUAAGCCACCUACGAAGAGGAGCCAGCCUGCACUCCUGAAAAAUGUAAUAAUUUCUGUGAAGCCGCAAGCCAAGAAAGCAAAAGUUGAUGAGGAAGCUAAGCCUGCACCCGAGGAGCAGUGGCCUUCGAAUGGUCACGACGCGGACCAAAAGCCACCAUCGGAUGCCACCAAGGCCACGCUGGGCUCUCUGGUGGCUUAUGAUGACGACGAUGAUGACGAAAGUGGCGACGACCAAGAUUGACAACGGUUUUCUAGAAAUCAGGUAUGGAGACCGCAAGCUCAUUGGAAGAAGAGAUGCCAUGGAGGAGUGGAGCAGCAGCCUGUGAGGUUUGCUUGACGAGAGGCGAAAUGGGCUUCUCAUGUUGUCCGUAUUCACAGGAAGUAUCUGCUGAAUUUUUCUUGCAUGAAGGUUUACACAGACACUUUCAUUUGAACACGAGCCGACUAAAGAACUCUGAAGCAUAGGAUCUCUGUUUUUGUAAAACGAACUCUUUACCAAGUAGUUGCAUUUAUGUGAUCAGCCAGCAUUUUCUCAUGGAUUGUUGAUUAAUUAGGUUAAGCUAGCCAAUUCAGGGGUUGAUUGCUGACCCAACCAGAUCUACCAGAUCGGAACUUGGAACAUGUAGCAAGAGCAGUUAUCACGCAAUGAGUCAGUGACGCCCCAAGGUGACACUA